UACAGGCGAUAAGUUCAAGUAAUUCAUUCAGUUGAAAAUCGUACUUCCAACACCUAUUCGUCUUCAUUAGUAUUUUCAAGAGCUCAUUCUGAUAAAAAUAAUUGUGUAAAGUCAAAAUUGUUUUCGAGAUGAGUAGACAGGGGACAGGGGCUUCAAAUGGUGCUUUUGAAAGGGAUCAACAGACGCAUACAUUGGAAUCAAUUGCCGAAGUGCCAAGACGUGAACUACAUUUUAUUGAUGAUGACGAAGAAUCGGAAUCAUUUUCAGAUAAAUAUUCAACACACAUUCGAUGCGUUAAAAUUAUCGUUAUAAAUGGCAUCGUUGGUGCUUAUUUUGCCUGGGCCACAUACCAUUUCUUUAAUAAAAAAUUAUCCGAAUCGGAGUGUAGCAGCAUGUGGUGUGAUGGCUAUGGAAUGCUAGCACUGCUGAUGAUUUUUGUCUACACAUGCCUCAUAUAUUUCAACGUUCUCAAGCCGUUGUUGGGUAGAUGCAUAUCGACAUCAAUUCGACCGUAUAAAAGACAAAUAUCCGCUACAUUCCAAAAGAGCAAAUUUCUAAAAGUUGCCUUCGUUGUCGUCAUUCUCCUUAUAUUUGCCGUUUGUAUUGGAAUUGAUACGUAUAAAUCACCGGAGAGAUUACAGUCACUACUUGGCAUUGUCAUUCUACUUUCUAUUGGUUUUGCUUUUUCAAAACAUCGAUCGCAGAUCAACUGGCGGCCAGUGAUAUUUGGUGUCAUUCUGCAGUUCAUAUUGGGUCUUUUCUGUAUUCGAAUCGAAAUUGGUCGAAAAAUCUUCGUUUGUCUGGGUGAAAAAGUGGCAGUUUUUUUCAGUUUUGCCAAACAUGGAGCCAAAUUCGUUUAUGGUGCUGAUCUCGUUGAAACAGCAAAAGUGUUUGCAUUCUCGAUAUUGCCGGUUAUUUUUUUCUUCAGUUUUAUUAUAUCAAUAUUGUAUUAUUAUGGUGCCAUGCAAUGGAUCAUCAAAAAAAUGGGUGAUAUGCUUCAAUCGAUUCUCGGUACAACAAUGUGUGAAAGUGUAACUGUUGCUGCCAAUAUAUUUCUUGGCAUGACUGAAUCUCCUCUGAUUAUCCAACCAUACAUAAAAUAUCUGACCGCAUCGGAAAUUCACGUUAUCAUGAGUUCCGGUUUCGCAACCGUUUCGGGCACUGUAUUAGCCGCUUAUAUGGAUUUUGGUGCGUCUGCUUCACAUUUGAUUACAUCUAGUGUGAUGGCUGCACCGGCCACAUUGGCGUUUUCGAAACUUAUUUAUCCAGAGACUGAAAUUAGCCAGACAUCGUCAAAAACGUUCAAAAUGGAAAAAUCAACGGAGAAUUCUGUACUGGACGCUGCAGCAAAUGGCGCUUUUGCUGCUAUAUCAUUGAUCGGCGGUAUCAUAGCAAAUCUAGUGGCCUUUGUUUCAUUCGUUGCAUUCAUGAAUGGUAUCGUCGGUUGGUUGUCCCUACUCGUUGGCUACGACGGCAUUACCAUUGAAUGGUUCUUUGGCAAAUUAUUUAUUCCGCUUGCUUAUAUAAUCGGCAUACCAUGGAAAGAUUGUGAAAAAGUCGGCGAGGUUAUCGCAUUGAAAAAUAUUGCCAAUGAAUUUGUUGCGUACGAACGACUGGGAAAAUUGAAAGCAGCCAACGAAAUUUCGCUUCGAAGUUCAGCAAUAACAACGUUCGCCAUUUGUGGCUUUGCAAACUUGGGUUCGUUAGGUAUGAUGAUUGGUAAUCUUGGCGCUAUGUGCCCAGAGAAUAGAAGCGUUAUUACAUCAGUUGCUGUUCGUGCUUUAAUUUCCGGAUCAAUUAUAUGUUUUAUCAAUGCUAGCAUAGCAGGUCUUUUGAUGACUGACGACAUUUCCACCGCGUAACUUAUAAGUACUAUUGGGUGUAUAAAUUAAUUUUUAUUGACAACAUCUAGCUGUCGCCACUUAGACUUGAAUGAAGGUGAAUCCAAUUGAAUUUUGUACAUAUGACAUUUGUCAAUCUAAUUCAGAUCGGAAAGGUUUAUUUUUCAUACAGUACCAUUGUUUUUGAAUCGAUCUAAAAUGAAUCGUAGUAAGGAAUUUUUUCGUGCAGCGCUACUUCUGUUAUUUGAUAUCAAGGAAAGUGCCGCUGAAGCACAUCGGCUGCUGCGUAGCACUUAUGGCAAACAAGCACCGUCGGAAGAUAGCUGUAGAAAAUGGUUUCAACGAUUUAAAAGUGGUGAUUUUGAUUUGAAAGACAAAGAACGGCCAGGUCAACCAAAAAAGUUUGAAGAUGAGGAAUUGCAAGCAUUAUUAGAUGAAAACUCGGCCCGAACGCAAAAAGAACUUGCAUUGGAGUUAAAUGUGACCCAAGCAACCAUUUCCAUGCGCUUGCAUGCAAUGGGAAAAAUUCGAAAGCUAGGAAAAUGGGUACCACAUCAACUGAAUGAAAAUCAAUUUAGAGCACGAAUCACAGCAUGCAAACAGCAUCUUGCCGAGCACAAAAAACAUAGUUUUCUGAGUCGAAUUGUUACUGGCGAUGAAAAGUGGGUCUAUUAUGAUAACCCCAAACGUAAAGGAGCGUAUGUUGAUCCAGGCCAACCAGGACCGUCGCAGCCAAAACGAGACAUUCAUUGCCAGAAGGUCAUGUUGUGCAUCUGGUGGGAUCAGAAAGGAGUAGUGUAUUAUGAGCUGCUAAAACAAGGUGAAACGGUUACAGCUGAUCGCCAUCGACAACAAUUGAACAGAUUGGCACGUGCAUUGAACGAAAAACGACCGUUAGUAGCGAGAAAAAACCACAAAGUUUUGUUUCACGACGACAAUGCUAGGCCACAUCGGGCACACAUCGUGAAACAAAAGAUAGAAGACCUCGGUUGGGAUCAGCUUGAUCAUCCUGCGUGCUCUCCAGACCUUGCUCCUUCUGAUUAUCACUUGUUCCGCUCGAUGCAAAUGGGCUUGUCUGAGAUAUCGUUUAGAAAUGCUGAAGGAGUGCGAAAAUGGAUCGAUCAAUGGAUAGCUGGAAAAGAUGAGGAAUUCUUUCGACGCGGAAUCAACAAGCUGCCAAGAAGAUGAGCCGAAGUCAUAGCUAACGAUAGGCAGUAAAUUGGUUAAUGUACUCAUUCUUAUUAUUUUUAAAUAAAUGUUUCCUUUCACCAAAAAAACAAUAAAAAUUAAUUUAUACACCCAAUAAAUAGAGCAAUCGUCCAAUUAAAACACAAUCAUUUCUCAAUUACGAAACUAAUAAUAAA